AUCAUGGCAAGAACCAAACAGACCGCUCGUAAGUCCACCGGUGGAAAAGCCCCGAGGAAGCAGCUCGCUACUAAAGCCGCCCGUAAAAGCGCCCCCGCCACCGGUGGAGUCAAGAAACCUCAUCGUUACAGGCCCGGUACCGUGGCGCUGAGAGAGAUCCGCCGUUAUCAGAAGUCCACUGAACUGCUGAUUCGCAAACUGCCUUUCCAGCGUCUGGUGAGAGAAAUCGCUCAGGAUUUCAAGACGGAUCUGCGCUUCCAGAGCUCCGCCGUCAUGGCCCUGCAGGAGUCCAGCGAGGCUUAUUUGGUCGGUCUGUUCGAGGACACCAACUUGUGUGCCAUCCAUGCCAAGAGGGUCACCAUCAUGCCCAAAGAUAUUCAGCUGGCACGCCGCAUUCGUGGAGAGCGCGCUUAAAUCCACAGCGGCGUCA